AUGAAGGUCCUAUUUUCAAAAGAUUUCGACCUAGAGCUCGAGGACGCGGUUAUCCAAUACAGAAACCAAUUUAUGAUAGUUAGUACAAAACAUCAAACAGCUGAUGCUGCUAAAUUAGUUGCUUUAGCAGCUCGAUGUCAUUAUGUAAAUAAAAAAUGGCUCGCGGGUAUGUUAACUAAUUGGUUUACUACAGAAGCAAGACUUGAAAAAUUCAAAAAUUUAACGAAAAAAAAAAAUACGGGAGGAUUUGAUGGAUUUACGAAAAAAGAAGCAGCAAUACUCAAGAGAGAAUUGAACAAAUUGCAGGAAGAUCUAGGGGGUAUUAGAUACAUGACAAAAUUGCCCGAUAUUGUAAUAAUUCUCGAUCAAAAAGGAGAAUAUACUGCUAUUCAGGAAUGUAGAACUUUGGGUAUUCCAACAAUUUGCUUAGUUGAUACAGAUUGUGACCCAGAUCUCGUGGAUAUCCCAAUCCCAGCCAAUGAUGAUGGUAGAGGACCAAUCCGCCUGAUCCUAAAUAAAUUAAUUUUAGCAAUUCACGCGGGUAGAGAAUUGUACUAUAAAAAGUGA